AUGACGAGGUAUCUCCUCAUCCUCGCCAUCACCGCCCUUGACCAGCACCUCCGCACAUUCAUGUACUUGUUCCUCAGAAACCUCUCCGUUCUUGAACUCUGCCUCAUCUCCGUCACCAUUCCUAAAUCCAUUCACAACUCUCUGACUAAUGACAGAUCCAUAUGUUUCAUGAGCUGUGUCCUCCAGGAUUUUUUGGCUAUUUCAUCAGCUUUUACAGAGCUGGUCAUCCUCACAGUGAUGUUCUACGACGGCUACUUGGCCAUCUGCCACCACCUGCGCUACGAGGUCAUCAUGAAUCGGGGGGUCUGUCUGAAGAUGGCCGCCGGUUCAUUGCUGAGCAGGGGGCUGUCUGCUGCAUUACACGCAGUCAGCACCUUCUCCUUCUAUGGGUCCAGAGUUGUAGGCCAUUUCGUCUGUGACAUCCCCCAGUUACUCACCAUCUCCUGCUCUUCUGACCUCCUCAGACAGGUGGUGCCCAUCUACAUCAAUGUGACUUUCGACUUCUGCUUUUUCGUCGGCAUCGUCAUCUCCUACGUCCUUACCAUGGCCCCCUCGUACUCCAGCUCAGUUGUGGACCUUCUGGUGUCUGUGUUCUGCAAGAUGGUUAACACUUCAGCUGAGAAGCCCCGGGACAGCUCACCCAGAGUCUCUAGAAUCGGGAAAUUCCCUGGGCAGUGCAUCCACUCCCAGGGAGAGACUCAGAUCUCCAAGGAAAUGAGCAAUCACACAACGAUUUUAGACUGCAGUGUCCCCGCCUUGAACCCCUUCAUCUGCAGCCUGAGCAACAGGAACAUGAAGGUGGCGAUGAAGAGGCUUGGAGAUUUCCCCUUGAGGACCCUGCCCAGGGCAACCUUCAUGUCUUUGUUCCUCAGGCUGUAG